GAUGUGAGCGUAGAGAUAUCAGUCCCGCACAUGUACAUGUUUUGAUUUCUCACGCAAUCGCUAGGAAAGUUCAUGUUCUGAUGUAGCUGUCAGGUAAUUUUGAAUCAAUGGGCAGGACGGACGUUAACAACCUCAACAGGAACAAAAUGAAAAAGGAGCACGUCCUCAAUUGUAGCUUCUCGUCUUGGUAUGACAAAUUCAAAGAUCUUACGAUCAAAAGUGUGGUGUUGCCUUUGCCACAAGAAUUCAUAGACUACCUUCACAAGGAUGGCGUUGUAUUGCCAGAGGGCUCAGUACAGGGGAGCUCACAAUCAAGACCUGAAGAUGAAAAUGAUGAUGAUGAUGAUGACGUUGACUGGGGGUCAGGCAGUACAGCUGUAGCAGUGGCGCCAGAGUUCCCUGAGUUUGAGAGGCAGGUGAAAAAAGCCAUACAGAAACUAGGGGGGAGAGUGUUCCCCAAACUCAACUGGAGCGCCCCACGGGAUGCCACGUGGAUCUCGUUCGAUAAAACCCUGAAGUGCACAUGUCCCAGCGAUAUCUACCUUCUGUUGAAGAGUUCUGAUUUCAUCGCACAUGAUCUGUCACAACCAUUUCACCAUUGUUCGGACUGUGACCUUGAGGCAGCGCGAGCAGACGUCAAGUAUGACCUGAUCCUGAGGCGAUGGCAGGACCUCCAGCCAGGCAUGGAGUUCAGGUGUUUUGUCCGGAACAAAAAACUAAUUGCUAUAUCUCAGAGACAUCACAUCCAGUACUACGCCUUCCUGGAGAGUCAGAAGGAUGAGAUCAUCAAUGACAUCCAGGCGUUCUUCUAUCACAUGAUCUCCAAUAAAUUCCCUGAUGAGGACUAUGUUUUUGAUGUGUACAGGAGAGACAAGGGACACCUUACACUGGUUGACUUCAACCCGUUCGGCAAGGUGACGGACUCCCCCUGCUGUUUACGUGGGAUGAACUGGCCAAUGACAGUGGAGAACUCAAGGCUGAGCGUCCUGAGUUCCGGUUCCUGAAGAGCAGGGAUGGAGUUCAGCCCAACCCCUACGCGUACUACGCCAUGCCCAGGGACUUCGUCGACCUGGCAGCCGGGGAGGACCCCUACAAGCUCAUGGAUCUCUUGCACCUGAAAGUGCAGACGGCAAACAGCUCGGACACAUCGUCGGACGAGGACCCGACCAGCUGACCUCCAGAGGAGUCUAGACAAACCAUUCUUGUAAAUACAGUCACCAGCAUUUUGUACAUAAACCAGUGACGGUGAA